AAGAAAACAAGUUUUGGCUACACUGCGCUUGUGGGAUAGUUUUUGGAAAUGACACAAAGCAGCACCGGUUCAUUCGGAAUUUCGCCUCUUUAACAAUGGCUGACACCGCGAAGAAAGAGGUUAAGAAACCUGCUCCAGCACCCCCAAAAACAGAGAAGAAAGAAGGAAGUAAGGGAAAAGUAACUUCUAAGAAGCUUCCUGCAGUACCUGAAACUGUCUUAAAAAGCAGAAGAAGGAGAGAUGCAUCUAAAGCUUCUAAGUUGAAGGCACAACUUAAGAAAAAACUUGAGAAGUACAAGAAGAGGAAGUUAAUCUUCAAACGCGCAGAACACUAUAUAAGGGAAUACAGAAAUAAGGAAAGAGAUGAGAUCCGUUUGGCACGGAAAGCCAGGUCUAAGGGUAAUUACUAUGUUCCUGGUGAACCCAAAUUGGCUUUCAUCAUUAGGAUCAGAGGUAUUAAUCAAGUGGCUCCUAAGGUGCGCAAAGUUUUACAGUUAUUCAGGUUAAGGCAGAUCAACAAUGGAGUAUUUAUGAAACUUAACAAGGCCACUAUCAACAUGAUGCGUAUCUGUGAACCCUAUAUCACAUGGGGCUAUCCAAAUCUGAAAAGUGUUCGGGAACUGAUCUAUAAGCGUGGAUUUGCCAAGAUUAAGGGUCAGCGUAUCCCUAUCACUUCAAACGAAAUGAUUGAAAGAAAACUAGGUAAAAGCAAUAUCAUCUGUAUUGAAGAUCUAAUACACGAGAUUUUCACUGUUGGGCCAAAUUUCAAAUAUGCUUCCAACUUCCUCUGGCCAUUUAAGCUAAACACACCAACUGGAGGCUGGCGUAAGAAGACAAAUCAUUAUGUUGAAGGAGGAGACUUUGGUUGCCGGGAAGACAAAAUCAAUGCUCUUCUCAGAAGGAUGGUUUAAGUUUUUAUUUUGUAUAAAGAAAUACUUAUUGUCUAUUUGUUUUUAUUAAAUAAAGUGGACAAUAUCAUUUUUUAUUUAUUGUGUAUA